AAGCUUCGUGUUCGUUCCAAUAUAUUUAAAGAGUAUAGCCGCUCGGCUCUACGUUUAAAAUAUUCGAAUGUAAUUGGAAAGUAUAGCCGUGUAUAAUUUCUAUUUAUAGAGUGGAGCCUUGCGGCUAUAAUGGAAACGUAUCAUACAAAAGAAGGCGUAUCAUCCAAAGGAAACGUAUCAUACAUGGUCAUUUCAGAAUCCUCAUGGUGGUUUGGGAUUAUUAAGCUUCUCUUAUUACAUGGGCUUCUUCUUGUUCUAGCAAUAGUAUACUGAUAAUAUUGCAGAAGCCUCAGGAAUAUGAUUUGAUGUGGUAGAAAUAGACCAGCUUGACCAAAUGAGAAUACAGUAUGCUCUACGUUUUACUUGUUUGGCAGAUUGGGGACCGAAGGUUGAUGUUGUUGUUUUUUGUUUUCUUGACCUUGCUUCAAAUUAUGAACCCCCAGAUUCACUUGCGGAGUGGCUUGAAGUUGGUGAACAGCCUGUCUAUAGUGGAUUUGAUAGCCUUCCUCUUGAAGAACCAGAGAAAAUGACCAAUAUUAUCCUUCAAGCUCUGGAAAUAACUAGACAGAGAGUCGUCAUCAACCGAGGCUGGGGUGGCCUUGGUAAUUUGGCAGAACCAAGUGAUUCUGUGUAUUUAGUGGACAAUUGCCCCCAUGAUUGGCUAUUCCAACGAUGCUCUGCUGUGGUGCAUCAUGGGGUUGCUGGGACAACUGCUGCUGGUCUGAAAGCUGCGGUAACUGAUAAUGCUAUAUUCUUGGGGAGUCUUACAUCUGUAAAUGAUCCAGUUACUCAUUUUUGGCUCAUAUUCUCUGUUCUUUUUAGUGUCCAACCACAACUGUACCAUUCUUUGGGGACCAGCCAUUUUGGGGGGAGAGGGUGCAUGCCAUAGGAGUAGGUCCUGCACCCAUUCCAGCUGAUGAAUUCUCACUUGAAAAGUUGGUCGAUGCCAUACGCUUCAUGUUAGAUCCAAAGAUAUUUACCAUUUUCUUUUUGAACUUCCAAGUGAUUUACAUAUAAUUCGUCAUUUCUUGAGUGUAAACUUAUCACACAUGCAUACGCGCUGAUUUAAUUGAAGUUGACAUUGUUUUGUGAUCAAUUUCAACAUGCAAA